UCGAGAUGGUGAACUACAAGCGAGUCGUGUGCGAGGUAGCGCUGCUGCUGCUGCUCACUGCUGCCGCGUCAGCUGCCCCGGCGCCGGACUGCACCGAGCGGCACUACGAUCAGCGACAGAACGGGAGCGAGAACUACCGUUUGAACAUCGAUGGGGUGGUCAUAGCCGUCGCGCCGGCUGAAUCCCUGCUCGCCGCCGCUUCCGACUUCGAUAUCUCCGACCUGCUCGAGUUGGAAGACUUCGAGAAUUUCCAGAAGCCGAAGCCGCCCGCGGAGCCGUCGAAGCCCGAGAAACCAGAAGAGUCGAAGCCCGAUGACUUCAAGCCGGAAGAAAACAAACCUGUGGAGUUGAGCUCCGCGGAAUCCAAGCCUUCGAACUUGAAAAGUCAAAGGAAGGAGGCGUCGCUACGGAAACAGGAAAAGGCUCAAAGACUAAAACAACGUUUGGCGAGCGUGCUCAUCCCCCUGCUGAGGAAAAAUCGCCACCACUGAAGACUAACUAGGCCAUAAUACGAGUGAUACGAAUGCAUUUACUAAUUUAUUGUAGU